GUACGAUCCGACCACAAGCGACCCAACCGGCCCCGACAGAGAGGACCGCGGAAGAUUUCUGCGUUUUGAUUGUGAUUGUCGUCCCCUGAAAGUUCCCAAAGACAAUAUUUUCUGGUUUUAACACAGAACCUGCACAGACAUUCAGCUGGCAGUCAGACUAUAGUCCAUCUCUAUCAACAUGGCCAAUUUGGUAACCAAAGCUGUCAAGUCUUAUGACAACCUCAUGCUCAAGGCUGACCCACGCGUCAGUGACUGGUUCCUGAUGAGCUCCCCCGUCCCUAGUCUGCUGGUCUGCAUAGCUUACUUCGUCCUGAUCCCUCUCGGACCCACCCUGAUGGGAGACAGAAAACCCCUGGACUUGCGGAGGAUUCUUCUCUUCUUUAACCUGGGCAUGGUUGGAUUGUCCACUUACAUCUUUUGUGAGUUUUUGUUAUCAGGCUGGGCAGCAGGGUACAGCUUUGGGUGUCAGCCUGUAGACUACUCCACGUCCCCACAGGCUCUGAGGAUGGCCCGUGUAUGCUGGCUGUUCUACAUAUCCAAGUUUGUGGAGUUGUUUGACACACUGUUUUUUGUGCUGAGGAAGAAGUUCAGCCAGGUGUCAUUCCUGCAUGUGUUUCACCACGGCAUCAUGCCCAUCUCAUGGUGGUUUGGGGUCAAGUUUGCCCCAGGUGGCUUUGGUACGUUUCACGCACUACUCAACUCAUUCAUCCACUUGAUGAUGUACACAUACUAUGGGUUGGCUGCUUUAGGACCCAGUUUCCAGAAGUACCUGUGGUGGAAACGUUAUAUGACUACCAUGCAAAUUACCCAAUUUAUCUUGGUCGUCAUCCACUCCUCCCAGCUGUUGUUUAUAGACUGUAACUACCCAAUGACUUUCGUCUACUGGAUCGGGGCCUAUGCUGUCAUCUUUCUCGUCAUGUUCAUCAACUUCUACAGAAAGGCUUACCAAAGCAGCACCAAGAACAAAGUUAUCCAUGAAAAUGGACAUAUCAAAAACCACACACAGAACAACAACGCGAGUAAAAAGCACUCCUAGGAAAGCUGCAAGUGUGAGUAGGUUAACCGGUAGUGCCCUUUUAAUUCUGGUUCCAAAUGUGUAAAACAACAUUAUUAUGUUUGCUCAUGGGUUCAUUUACAUGUGUCUCAUAUAUAUGGUACAUAGGUGCCAAGGAUGGCGUGUUCUGAUUUGUGUUAAUUUUGUGCUCUAAUUCCUCUGUUGGCAGAGUGGUAUAAAGAGUUCUUGGUGAUAAGCUUUGUUUGAUAACAUAAUAUACUUUAGAGAGCUGUCUGUCUUCACCCCUCGUAAACCCCACUUUCCUCCUUAUCAGUGUCACAUUGAAGUCUUCACAGCAAUCAAAUAAAUGAUCUCUUUCUUGGAUUUAGUUUAAUAUGGCCACUUUCUGGUUGCACUUUUAGCUGGUGU